GAAAAAAUCAAAGAACAAGCCCCCUAAACUCGCCCGCCGUCGCGUCGGGUGCUGCUGGGCGGAGCUUGGGCGGAGCCAGUGCUACUUAGUGCUGUGCACACGGUGUGGGGUUUGGAUGGAUACGGUACCAGCAUCGUGGCGAGGCCUGGGCUGGGCUGCAUCUAGGACGUGUAGGUAUAGCGAGGGCGACUCCUGUAGGCAGGCAGGCACGAUGUCGGCUUCUACUCGCCCUCGCCCCCCCCAUUCCCCUGUCGCAGCAGUGUGAGGAGAGGGUGUUUUUCUGCCUCUUCUGUUUUGAAUCGCCCAUGCGGCCCGCCCAGGCUGCCGUCGUCGACGCGCGCAGUGUCAGUCGGGCAUGGCUUUGCUCGUCGUCUGCCCCCCCUGGCGUCGUUGCACCCGUUUGUGCAAGUGCACGAUCCUCUGCCCGCGUCAAAAGCCCCAAGCGGAUUAGCUGCCGACUGUGGUUGCGGGGGAAAAAAAUAAAAGACCCUGAAAUCCACCCUUCCUGCUUCUUCCAGCCUCGGCCUGCCCAAGCCGGCCUGGCCUGACCUCGACUGCACGCCCACAUACUGCCACUAUACUAUACACACCCACACCCACACCCACUACCACAAC